GAUAGGCAGGCGCUAAUGCAAAUGUCAGCUGAGUUGUAAACUGUAAAGGAAACGCGUCUAGUUCCUAACAAAAAUCUUAUAACUCGUACAAGAUAUAAAGCCUAAAAUCAUGUAUUAACAUCUAACAGUGAUUAUAGUUUUUAAAAACUUCACUUCUAUUGUUAAUAUAGAAACAACGGUCUCAGAUACAAGUCAAGAAAUUUUGGAACUAUUUCGUUUCGGAAUAGAUUGUGAUGGAUCGGUGAAGGUCACAGCUUCUGUGGAAACUAAUAUCGACGUCAGUUACCGUGCAAUUUUCGGCCGGCCGUGUUUACGAACGACACGUUUUACGUAACAAGCUCUCGUGACAGAACAUUGCAUAAAGAUAUUAUUCGAUAUUAUAUUAAGCAUAAUAUCAGCUGAUAUAAUAAUUUAAGUAAAACGUUAACAAGUCAGGAUGUUGUCGGUGUGGACCAGGACAAUGCGCGGCGGGCGCGCCCUCGAGCGGUCCCUGGCAAGUACAGUGGAGCUCCCGAAGAUUCAAGACUUCGGGGUUCAAAACGAGCCCGUCUUAGAAUACCGGAAGGGAAGCAAGGAGCGCGAUGCUCUGGUGAAGGAGCUCCAGCAGACAGCCGCCGUCACCGAAGAGGUGCCUAUCGUCAUCGGCGGCGAGUGCAUCAAGGAUGGCGAACCUCGCUACCAGGUCAUGCCACAUGAUCACUCGAAAAAGAUUGCAAAGUUCUACUACGCCAGUGAGAAAACUAUUCAAAAAGCUAUCAAGGUGUCUGUAGACGCCCAAGCGCGCUGGGACCGCAGUCCUCUGCAAGAGCGAAUCCGCAUCUGGCAAUCUGCGGCCGAACUGAUGGCCGGAGCCUACAGGCAGAAGCUGAAUGCUGCUACUAUGCUUGGACAGUCAAAGAGUGUUGUUCAAGCUGAAAUUGAUUCUGCAGCUGAGCUGAUUGACUUCUUUAGAUUUAAUGUGUACUUCUUGAAGGAGAAUGCGAAGUAUCAACCCAUUUCCGAAAAUCCCUCAGUUACAAGAAAUUCCCUCAGGUUCCGUGGUAUUGACGGGUUCAUAGCAGCAAUCAGUCCUUUCAACUUUACUGCUAUUGGAGGCAACUUGGCGUACACCCCAGCUCUUAUGGGUAACGGUGUCGUGUGGAAACCUUCGGACACAGCGUUGUUGUCAAACUGGAGGAUUUUCAACAUCAUGCGGGAAGCUGGCAUCCCCGAUGGUGUAGUCAAUUUUGUUCCUGCUGAUGGUCCUACUUUCGGUCGCAUCAUCACCUCCUCUCCAAGCCUUGCUGGCAUUAACUUCACUGGAUCUGUGCCCACUUUUAACUGGCUCUGGAAUGAAGUCGGCAAGAACCUGAAGCACUAUCAUAACUAUCCUAGACUCAUUGGAGAAUGUGGAGGGAAAAAUUAUCACUUUGUCCAUCCAUCUGCGGAUGUUCAAACUGUGGUCAACGCUACUAUUCGCUCUGCGUUUGAAUAUUGCGGUCAGAAGUGCUCGGCCUGCUCAAGAAUUUAUGUUCCUAAAUCCCUCGCUGAGGCAAUUAAGCAUGGACUUCUAGUGGAACGCGCGAAGCUCAAGAUUGGUGAUCCAACUGACUUUAAAAUUUUCUCAGCAGCUGUAAUUGAUGACAAGGCUUUUGACAGGAUCACGGGCUAUAUCAAAAAUGCUAAAAAGAACUCGAAGAACACUAUUCUUGGCGGUGGUGAAUUCGAUAACAGUAAGGGCUAUUUCGUGCAGCCCACUAUUAUUGAAACCUCGGACCCCCACGACAAGCUCAUGACGGAGGAAAUCUUUGGCCCCGUGCUCGCUAUGUAUGUGUAUGACGACGCUGAUGUUGAUAAGACCAUGGCUCUUAUUGGUUCAUCCACUAAGUUUGCUUUGACUGGGGCAGUGUUCUCCAAGGACAAGGCUUUCCUACAGAAGGCUCUGCAGGAGCUUAAGAUGACUGCGGGUAAUUUCUAUCUGAAUGACAAGUCCACAGGAUCUGUGGUUGGACAGCAGCCAUUCGGCGGGGGCCGUAUGUCCGGGACCAAUGACAAGGCGGGUGGCCCCGGCUAUGUCAUGCGGUGGACCUCACCGCAGUCAAUCAAGGAAACCUUUGUUCCGCUGACGGACAUUGACUAUCCCUACAUGAGAGAUUAAUUUCACCUACAAGCUCGGUCCUUUGAUAUCAGUACAAUAAUAAUAACUCAAGACAUAUUCAAUCAUUAUAUUAUAUUAAUUUUAUAUCUCACCUACGCUAGAGAUUGUGAAUAGUUCGAUUCAACCGAUUUUGUUAUGUUUUCUCUGUUACUAAUUAAAUAUCUAUUAGAAAGUGUG